AUGGACUUCAUCAAAAGACUUGCAGAGGAGAGCUAUCGUGUUGUACUCGGCACUGUUGUAGAAAUAGCUGCAGCAUUGCCCGGAGUAGAUUACCAGUGGCAAGAACAGCCAGAUGAGCCUGCGACCAAGAACAAAAAGGAAAUCAAACACGCAGAGUCAAAGACUAUGGUCACAACUACCACAGAGCAAGACAUAGGAUCAAACGUCCGUCAAGACAGAUAUCAUCACGAAGACACUAAGCAAGAUUCUAAGGCACGAAAACCGGCACUCUCAGAAAAGACUCCCAAGGCCACCCGGGCCAUGCAGUCGUCGGAUGUUUCCGAGGAUGAUGAUACCCGGUCAGGCUUGAGACGCAGCGUCCAGGAGCCUGAAAUGUCCCAGGCCAGAACUGAAAGAACAGAACAGGAUAUCUCUGUUGCCGAUACUGUGGCGCCGAAAGCUGCAACGAGCAAGAAACGCAAUCGGCCGGUAGAACCCACAGGUGAGACGGGGGCCAGACCAUUCAAGUUAAGAAAGGUGAAUCCUGACCCGAGUCCACAUCUUGACGACCCGAAUGUUGUUCGCGGCGAAGAACGGCAAAGAGAACCAGAACUGCAUGGAGCCGACCAGUCCUUCGAUUCUGUAUCGGUGAAGAAUGACGGAGACAUGGAUUCACGGAUGCCUACUGACCAGAGGGUUGCUACAAAAGAUCAGUUACGUCCUUUCACAAUCCAAAGUGGCACUGCUCCAGACUUUGGAGAUGCUCCCGUACGGCUUGUCGUUGUCAGCGAUCAAAGAUCGUCGAGAACAGCGUUACUCCUUAACAACGGAUUCGUGGAAAAGUCCAACGGAGCCAUUCAUGCCGCGCGCCAGGCAGAACAGGCUGCUGAAGAAGCAGAAUGCCGCCUUUCGAAACUCGCAGACUUCCGCAGAUAUGCCGAAGAUGAGCUUGCAAUAGCACCUGCUCGAUGGCAAGCCCUCGAAGGGAUCCCGGAACAAGAACUCGAAAUGCAACGCAUUGCCCGCGAGUCGAAAACACUCAGGAAAAAGCUCGAGCGCAGUAAAGUGCGGGAGCGAGAGAUACACGAGGAUUUGAAAGAGGCCGAGAGGACUGAGAAUGUACAGUGCCUGGAAGCCAUUAUCACGGUUGAGGACAUCUUCCUACAGCACGAGCUCAUCGACGAAGAUGAUGAUUCGACGCACCAGAAAGUCGAUCUGGACGAAGACUUUGCUGUGCCAAGCCGACAUUUGGCAGCCUUUGACCGCGACGGUCAAAGUCCUCGGCAGUUCGAGCUAACAGAAAAGGAAGCUGCUGAACAAGCAUAUUGGGCACGGUAUGAUGAAGUUAAGGCUGCGGAAGUCAACUUUGCGAGGCGGAAGCAGAUAGCCCGGGAACAGAAUGAUUCUCAAAGCGUGUUGAGAGGGUUGCGACCCAUACAGGUUGGCAUGGAUCUGACGCGGAGACUGAUCGAGGCCGAGGACGGUUUUGCUGCAGCAAAAGCACACGCCGUUCAACUUGGCGUUCAUAUCGCUGAUAGCGAGCUCUCGUCCGGUUUCAUCGAUACUGAGCGAGAUGGGGCCGAAAGCGACAUUUCCGUGCCUCGUAACCUUGUCGAUCGGCCUCGAAUGUUCCAAUGGCUACUAGAGAUACCAGAGGUGAUGGAUUCGAACAAUUCAGCAAAGGGAUGGAUCGACUCGCUCACCUUCGCCCGUGGCACGAAGGUGGAACCAGAGGAUGUACCCGAGCUCGAUCAAUGGGACGGACCGGCAGUUGCGCUCAAGGACAGUACGAGUAUGAUCGCAGAUGGCAGCCGCAGAAGGCGUAUUGAUCGUAUUGAACAGAGGUCAGGCAUCGACGUGAUCGAGGCCAAGCGGCACUGGGGACAGCAUAAUCAGCGCGGCUUCACCUCCGAGGGCUGGGACAGAGCGCAUCGACUGUUUGAGACGGGUCGGUAG